GAGCGCCGGCGUUAGCACAUGCAGCGGAGGACAUGAAGACUCGGGAGAAUUGCAGGACCGCAACAACAACAACAACAACAACAAUAUCGAAAACAACAACAACAACAACAGCAACAGCAAAAACAACAACAGUAAAAACAUCACCAUGACGAGCGAAGAUCUCCUGCAACCCGGCCACGUUGUGAAGGAACGAUGGAAAGUGGUGAGAAAGAUCGGCGGGGGCGGCUUCGGGGAGAUCUACGAAGGGCAGGACCUGGUAACGAGGGAGCAGGUCGCCCUCAAGCUGGAGUCCGCCAAACAGCCCAAGCAAGUUCUCAAGAUGGAGGUGGCUGUCCUCAAGAAACUUCAGGGGCGUGACCACGUCUGCCGGUUCAUCGGCUGCGGAAGAAACGAGAGGUUCAACUACGUCGUGAUGCAGCUGCAGGCGAAGAACCUGGCGGAGCUCCGGAGGGCGCAGCCCAGGGGCGCCUUCAGCCUGUCCACCACCCUCCGCCUCGGCCACCAGAUCCUCAGGGCCAUCGAGGCCAUCCACGAAGUGGGAUUCCUUCACAGGGACAUCAAGCCGUCCAAUUUCAGCAUGGGCCGUAUGCCACACAACUGCAGGAAGGUCUACAUGCUGGACUUUGGCCUGGCUCGUCAGUAUACCAAUGCCAAUGGUGAGGUCAGAACGCCUAGGGCAGCUGCCGGUUUCAGAGGUACUGUACGAUAUGCCUCGAUCAAUGCACACAAGAAUAAGGAGAUGGGUCGGCACGACGACCUGUGGUCCUUAUUUUAUAUGACGGUGGAAUUCGUGAACGGCCAGCUCCCUUGGAGGAAGAUUAAGGAUAAGGAGCAGGUUGGACUCAUGAAGGAGAAGUACGACCAUCGGUUGCUUAUAAAACACUUACCCUCCGAUUUCAAGCAGUUCCUAGAACAUAUACAAAUCCUAGAUUAUCACGACAAACCUGAUUAUGCUAUGUUGUCGGGUUUGUUUGAGCGUUGUAUGAAGCGCCGUGGAGUGAAAGAUUCGGAUCCAUUUGACUGGGAGAAGACUCCCACCGACAAUUCCCUGGGUACAACCACAACCACCACCAAUGCCGUUAUCACGAAGCCCCAGCAUGCUGACAGCCGGUUAGCAUACGGGGGAGGUGGUGUCACAGACAACAUGCUCGACGAUAAUGUGUUGGGGUCUGUGGAUAAUCAAGAGAAUCUCGAAGCUCCUCACGAUCGGGAACAUGACCCCAGGAGACGUCGACGAAGAGACACCGUCCUCCACCAGCCCCAACCCAAUAUUAAUCAGCAACAGGUGGAGACGAAGGAGCGAGUGCUGAACGAUAACAACGUCAAUGCCAACAUCAUCGUCAACACUGAGAAGGACACCAACGAGGUGGAGAUGUCACCCAAGAAGAGAAAGGUUGAAGAUUUUAAUUGUGAAAAGGAAGGUGAAGGUGGUGGGGAGAAAGAGAAAGAAGGGAGGCUGGAAUGCUCGACCGACUGGGACGGAGAUGCUGUCAUGGCCUCCCGUCAAGGACACACCACACCAAGAGGUGCAGGUGGUGAUGACAACAAGAACAGGAAACCUUUGGCAGUUCUGCGACUGUCCUCUGUUGAUACAGCUGUAGACGACGUAGAUAUGAAUGUGGAGCCUGCAAGUAAAAGAGAAGACCAGUAUUCUGUCCAGGAUGGUAGUUACGUUAGUUUCCAAGAUGGCGGCCGCUUAGCUAGGAUAGAACCGAGCGCUGGAGGCGUAUCUCCAGGAGGCUCGACACCGCCCACUGAGGGUGAAUUCCAUGCCCACACUCGCGAUCACACACCCCACAGGCGAACCCAUCAUAAGAGGAGUCAUGGAUUGGCCAGGUUCCACCCAGUGCAGCGAGCCAAGUACCUUGGCCAUCGAGAUCUCUCCAUCACCCAGUUUGCUGUGGCUGACGACGACAACGUCUCCCAACCUGCGACUAAGGGCGGUGGAUGUGGCCUUACCUUAGCUUCACAGUGGAAGUCACAGUUUGAUGACUCGGAAGAAACGGACAAUGAGUUGAAGGCCGACAACCUCCAGAGUCCCGAGCACAAGCAACGUCUAGCUCUGGUGUCUCCGUCAACUCAUGGUCCCGAUGACACAUCCAUGACCCCUAUUCAGGAGAUGGGCGCCGCAGAAAAGUCUCGGCGGGUCGGUACAGAGCUGUCCAGAAUUAGCGAGGACGAUCGCCAUCGGUCCUCCGACCACCACACCCACACCCAGGUACCGGAUGUGACUAUGAUCGGUGGAAGUCAUGGCAUAGAAGAGUUCCGGGUAGUGACCAAAGGAACUGGUGGUGUCGAAGAGGCUGAGCCUUACCCGGCAGUGGCAGCGUGUUUAGCCUUAGAGGCAGCGAGUCCAUUGCAGGGUGAUAAGGCCAAUCAGCCAGGCCUACCAAGAGCAUGGUCCAAUCCUCAGCUUUCAAGCCACAUUCGACCGGGCUUAGAACCGCCGCUAGUACUCACUACUACCGUCACGGAUGCUGUUUACGAAGUGGAUGUUGCGCGAGGAGUGUGCGUCAAGACUUCUCGGGAAGGGUCUCCUCUCACUCCGGAGCGCCGUCAGAGUAUGCCGGACAUAGGUGUUUGUGAAGCUGAUGAUGGUGCUGAAGACGAAGCCGUGGUAGGCUGCAAGAUAGAAUUCCGUGUCCUCGACAAAGAUCGUAAGUUCUCCGAGCCAGCUGGUCCUACUACUGUAGUAGCAAGCCAAACACGGGUAUCUCGCCAGGAAUUAUCAAACGUGGUACCCGCACCGGCUGCCUUCACUGCUGGAGCAGAGUCUCCGCCAUUACCAGCCAUGUUAGAUUUGCCUCCUGGCACCACUAAUAAAUCUACGUCCCUCCAGUCUAGCCCAAUGACUCAUCACGAAGAGCGUUCUAUUUACUACGACGCUCCGCCUCCAGAAGACUCCUCUCAGCAACCCUCAUCUCAGCCUAACCAGAAAACUCACGCUAAAAGUUCUUCUCCUCGGAAUGAACAGGAAGAGGAAAAUCUCAAGAAUGUGGAAAUCAAUGAUACGCAAAAGGAAAAAGACAAUAGAGCUAAGAAAGAUGAUCCUCGACGCCGACUCGGAGUUGUGGCACUGCCAGUCGUUUUAGAAGACCACAAAGACAGAGACGUAGAAUCGACUCGUUACGAUUCUGCCGUUCAUCCUCCCGAUACGAGUCGUUACGAGUCGGCCGUGCACGAUCAUACAGUGUGCCCCACAGCCCAAGAAACCUCUCGCUACGAAACGGUCAUGGGUGCACCUCCUCCCGAGUCCUCUCGGUAUGAUUCAGUGAUGGGUCAGAGAGAGAAUGAAGCAAGAACGAGGCAAGACACUUUGUGCGAAGAGGAGAAAUCCCUAACUUCUGAAAGGCGGAAAUCAUUAGAAUUUGUUUUAGAAGAAAAGCUUGACUCGGAUGACAUGAGGAAAGUUUCUGUAAUUAACUUACAUGACUUGUCAGCAGCCUUCCAAGUUUCAACUAUGAUCAACAGGUCACGAACAGUGACGCCAUCUGUUUCCCCGAGGGGAACGCCACCUCACAGCGAGAGUUGUGGCCGCCGCAGUCGCUCGUCCCGCCAUCGUCGUUCUUGUGAGGAUCUAUUAGAAGAGGGGUCUGAGGAGUCUUCCAGAACUAACACCCCGCGACCCACAGACCUGCAGCCACGGUCUUCCCUAUCUCCUGAUCAGCAGCGGGGGAACAACGCCUCUCGAAGGUCUCCUGCUGCCCAGGAUGAUUCUUCUCAAAAAAGUCGCAUUCCUGUGCCUAUGUGGGCUCGCACUCCCAAAGAUGGAGAAAAUGAAGGUGGCCUUAAUGCACCAUCUGGAGGUAGGAGUCCAAGAUACUCAGAAGCCGAGCGUGCCGAAGCAGCUCGUAGAAUAUCUGUAGCAUUAGCCGAAAAAGUUACGUCGCCCUGUAACGAAGAAGAUUCUAUUAGCACACGUAGUGGUACGUCGGACCACAGAUCCGGCAGGGAAAGAGGGUCUUCUGCAUCCAGGGAAUACCUUCAGACAGUAAGCCAAGAGGAUGCAAGCGAAGAGUUAGCGGAUCUCACGCCGGCAUUGCGUAGGCGUCGGCAAGGUGUAGAUAAAUAUGUCACUGAUGAAGCACAACUUAACUUACGGUUCCAGCGUCGUCGAACUCGACCUCUCUCGGACGUCAAUCCUCCUCCCACUGCUCUCUUGCAAUCAAGGAAUCAUCAGAGACAACGUGUAUCUAUGAUAGAAGCCGGCACAGGUGGUCGCUAUUAUGACAGCGGCAGAGGUGUUCCUUCGUACCUUCUCAAGCCUCAGCACGAAGAUUCUAGUGAAUCGGAAAGUUCUCAUCCCCGAAAACCACGCCCUCCCACCUCAGAACCUCCAUCAGCUACAAGAGAUGUCACCGCUAGGUUACGAAGGUAUCGACCUCUUAGUGCAGAUAGUAGCGACUCUUAUAGACGGCAACAUCACCAACGCACUGUCUCACCCUGAUUGACAGGAACCUCGGCCCUAGUCCUCAUUGGCAGGAGGCGGCACCUGGCUCCCUGACCCGAAUGCCUGCUGCUCUGCACCAACCUCUCAACUGCUGUGUGCUUCAGUUAUCCCCUUACGCACAAACGCUCCUCCUCCUCCUCCUCCUUCCGACACCUGUACAGUGUGUACUCGUGAGCUCGGUCAAACACAGCCGUACGAUGAAUCUUCCAGGAACUAUGCGCAGCCAGAGCAACAGAUUAUCGUAGCUAAAAUUGCAAAGCUGAAACACAGGAAAAAGAGAAAGUUAUGUGGUUGUUGGCAAAUGUUCAUAAGAACAAGAGGAAAAACGUUGCCAUCAUCUCUCAGUAGACCCCAAGGAAUUAGCAGAUCGCAUUUUGACUUGUGUUGAGCUACGUUGUAACUAGACCAAAGAUUAACGUGUUAAGAAAGAGAAAAUCAGUGUUGUUUUUACCAGAACCAUCUCGAGCUCGGUUUCAACCGGAGGAGAACCACGGUGAUAACGGAACAGAUUUAUUUCAUAUUCUGGAGUUGAGUAGGCUUGGUGACAGAAGAGUGGAGGUGAGCCUUUGCGAGUUUGUGGCUCUGGCUCUGCAGUGGGUCAAUUCAAGGUGUAUGACAGCAAGGUGGUCCUCCCUUCAUGCAACAUGUCUCCAGAGCUGCUACCAAGUGCAGCAGCAUAAUGAGAGACAGAGAGAGAAAAGGCACGACAGCACAAGCAUCAAAUAUGACAUAUCUGGUCACUAGUGUGAUAACAGACCUUACUUAAGUAGUUACCAGUGUGACAUAUGAAUACGAGUGAUUAGGGUCAGCGUACCACGGGGUGAUGGGAGCCAAGCACCAUCGACUGACUGACUGCCACUGUUAGACUCGGGUCAGCGUGACUGGGGUGCAGCAGCCGGUUUUAAAACAUCACCUGCACUUGGUUGUGAUAUUUGCUAUGUACAGUACAUUCUAUGUACCGACACUUGCUAGGUUAGAUAGUAACUGAGCCAUCCUCUGUUGCCAUACUUUGACUUUUGACGUCAUUGUGGCUACAAACCCCAGGUCUUGAAAUUUAUCUUUUAGCUGAAAAAUGAAAACUGAUAUAAAAGAAUACUUUUAAUGUAUAUUACAAUUUAGAUACUUAAAAAAAGGCACCUAUGGUCAAAUGUGAUGUAAUAUUCUUUAAUGUUUCCCUCUGAUCUAUAGGUACCUGUUUCACUUUAAGGGUUCUGGAUAACUGUUGUAAAUUUACUAAUACUUUGAUAUUGCUGUUAAUGAACUAUUUUGGAGGUAACUGCAAUAUUUUAGUGUGUCUCAAAAAAGGAAAAAAAAGAAGUAUCUCUUACAUAUUGCCCAAAUACUCAUCAGUAGCCCUUAUACUUUGAAGCUCUGUCAUUUCCUCUAAGCUGUGAAUGCUGUAAGUAUUUCUACGGUGCACAUACAGUAUGCUGGUGAUGCAGUUUGAACGUUCUUUUGUUGAAUCAAGAGUUUUGGUUCUGUUUUCGUCCUUGUGCCAUUGCCUGUGUUGCAGGUUUGUUGCAUUAAUCAUUUUUACCCAUAACGAGUAAAAGUUCGAAGAUGAUGUUCCAUGAAAUGUCAAUUCUGGAAACACAACAGAAGCGCUGUUACAUUAGGAGGACCGUAUUGGCUUUACAAUGGCGAUGAACACAAUUCUCCCGCUUCGCCCAAGCUUCUCUCCUCUUGGUUUUGUCUGUAGAAAGCUUGAAGGUCAACCAAAAUCCAACCCCCCACCAAAAAAAAUUCCAAAUUCUUCAUGAUAUGUGCCAUAACUUAUAAUAAUAACUGGGUACGCAGUUGAGAGACUUAUGGUACAUAUGGCUUCAUGGUCUCUACAAUGUACGAGAUCUAAGCUAUGCAUGUUUCCAAGCAAUACGUAUUUCAAGUUUUGAUUGAUUGCCACUUGCGUUGGCACUCUGCCGUACUUUUCACAUUAACUUUAGACACUGAAUUCUUCAACACGUCUGCCCAAAAUUUUUGGUGUACAAGUGCCAGAUACAAAAGCGAUAAGAUCACUUCUCUAAUCUCAUAUGUGGAAAUACAUGUACAGUGUAAUACAGUAAAAAAAAAAAAAAAAAAAAAGUAAAAGUAAACAGUGCAUACAUCAGUGCACAGACAGUUAUACAUACCAACAUGGAGAUACUGACAACCUCAAGAGCUUGCAUUCUAUACUCAACAUUUUUUUGGGAGUUGUGUAACGCACGACGAACUUCAAGGCAACUAACGUUCACCUAAAACUUCCAUUUGUACUUUCCUGUGGAAGAAAAUUUGAAGAAUUUAACAGAAUAAGUUUUAUAGGAAGAAACUAUGGAAAAAACAUUGUGCAAUAGGAAUCAGCUCUCUCUCUUUUAUGACUCUUGACUUGUCUUAGGCUUAUCGCAGACAAACAUUUGUUUUUCGAACCCAAUCUAGUCUUGUUCUUUACUACUCAGGUUGUUAUGUUUACAAUGCCAAGCACUCUGCUCAGAGUCUGUUCACAUUUCCAGAACUGCCUUAUUUACCCAGCAAAAGCACAUGCUGGUAAUGUAUUUAAGAUAACAUUCAAAAUAAUUUUAAAACCAUUCGUUGUGAAGUGGUUGGAGCCUCUUGGACGAGCGAGGUCCUUAAUCUGAACUGUCGACGAAAUAUGAAAUAUUACAAUAUUUCGGUAAUUUAAUAAAAUGUCCUAUAGCUUUUAACAUUAUUGGAGUGAUCAGAAUGAUGGAUAUUUCAUGGGAAUGCCAAACGUAGCUUCGUACUGUGGAAGUACAGUCCUGCAAGUUAAACUUUAGUGGAAUUUUUUGGUAUAAAUGGUUAAAAGUCUACCUAUUACUCGAAUGCUAUGCAAAAAAGUCACGUGCGGUAGAAAUGAAUGAGCUUGUCAGUAUUUCGUACAUGCAACCAACCACUCACACCAAUAUUUUUAUACAAUUAAUUUACCCAACUUCAUUUGGAUUCAUGACAAACGAAUUGCCUGAUGUAAAAUCCCAACCUAGUCAUUAACCACAAAGAAGGAAGCAUUAUAUUGGCGUCCAAGCUAAAAACUUCCGAACGUGGGCAUUGGGGCAUCAAACGAGAGCACUUUUUACACAAGGGGUCGCACUUUACAUCACGCACUUGACUGUCUGUGAAUCCAUACCAAGUUGUGUAACUUAAUAUAAAUAGAUACUGAUACUAAAAUUUGUGUAAUGGAUAAGGAAACAUACUUUAUCGAUAAUUUUUACACUGAUUCUUCAAUAAGCCUAAUUAUUAAAUUAUUGAGAAAGAAAAGCACAGUUUAGACAGCAUUAAUUAGUAGACUUUUUGUAGAACCAAUUUGUGUAAGAUGAACAGUUUUGAUGAUUUCAAAUUGUUCUUCCUUUGAAAAGUAUUUUAAGAUACCAAUGUACAUUGUAGUGAAGAGGGGGAAAGGAUGAUGAGAUGUUACAACGUCAAAGUGUUCCUUGAAAGUGUUUAUGAGAUUUAGAGGGGAUGAAAAUGGAUGGCUUGCUCUUUGAAAGUUUCCAGAACUACAUCACUGAGGAAAACGACACAUGAAAAUGCUGAUAACAUGUUGAUAACAUCAAAGAAAUUGCUGCUGUUGAGGAGAAAGGCAUUACUUAAUGUUAGCAAUGCCGAUCGAGUAGAAACCUCAAAGGUGAGCACAACCAGGGCGAAGAGAGAAUUGGAACAGCACCACAAACUAAACAGCAGCAGCAGCAGAAGCAGAAACGGGGAAGCAGUGGAUGCUGCCACGUCCUUAAUCCUCUUCCACUACAAUGAUUAGGAUCUACAUCUGUGCUGUGACAUUUUACUGAGGAAGCCCAAGUUUUUUACAGGAAAUCUGAGGUUGUACUAGUUUAUACUCAUUACUUAAGUAUAUUUAGCAUGGAACAAUAAACAAUAAGUUUGGGAAUUUAUCAAGUGAGUCAGCCGCUGAGAGGUGCUUAUCAACAAUUUAUUCAACUUGUCUGAUUGAGUCAAUGGAAAUGUUUAAUAGUCACACGCUAGUCAGUACUAGGUAUGCAAGUGUUUACAUGAAUAUAUAUAAAUAUAUAUAUAUAUAUAUUUAUCAAAGUCAAAUGAUUAAAACUGGUAAGAGAUUAGGUAUUUGUUUUAAAUGCCUUGAUUUUUAAAACUAGACAUAGGUAUGGUAUGUUCAAUGAUUUCCUUGAAUCUCUUUUCAUAAUUAUCACAGAUAAUCAUUAUACUUAUUACUAAUAUUUUUAUCGAUUAUUUAUUGUCUUAUUUAUCAUUAUUAUUAUAAUUAUUAUCAAUCUAUCUACAGGAGAUCUUUGACCAAAAGAUCAUCUUGUUGCAUUUGAAGCUGUUAAGCAUAAAUGUGAGAAAUCAACCUUUUAAAAAUCAAAAGCAGCUUGCGUGCGAAUUAACUUUUUUUUCCAAUCAUUUACGUAAUUUCAAUGCGAUCUGCCCCUCUCUCUCUCUCUCUCUCUCUCUCCUUCAGAUUUCUUUGACAGACUUACCUGCAGCGGGUGGGGAUGUCAUUUUUAUCUCCCAGUGUUGUUAACUAUAGAUCUUACGUGUCACUGCGUGUGUUUUAUACCGACGACUUGCCACUUAGGUGUUGUUGAACCAGAGCUUGGUAGGGCUUUGUUUCGUCUCCUGGAAAGAUAAGGGAAGCUCUGUAAUAUUCUCUCAGGAUUUUAAUUUUUUUUUUUUAUUAACUGGAAUACAUACUUGACAGGUUGUAAAACUCUUGACCCUUUUUCUUUUUUACUUCAGUACUAUGUACAUCUAUCCUCAAGGUUUCUGUUCUGUAUUUGACGACUGCAGAGGUUGUCUAUAAUUGCUCAUGAUUUUUAAUGUAUGAUUAACAGUUUGUCAGAGUACAGAAGUAAGCUUGUGUCAUAGUAUUCUUCGAAUGACUGUACAUUUAUGUUCCAUUAUCUAAUUCCUUGUGUAUUCAUGUACUGAAUUCAACAGAAUUCCAAAAUCACCUUCCUUUCACUGGCCUUAAUCUAGUCCACUGAAUUCGGUAGAAUUUUGAGAACUUCCUUACCUUCCCUGGAAGCUUGAUAGAGCUUUGUUGUGCCUGCUGGAGGUCUUAUUUAUUUAUUUAUUUAUAAUUUUUUUUAUCGUCUUAAAUGGUGUGAAUCCUGGGAAAAUGGUCGUAGGGCUAUGAGUAAUAGAUUGGGGAUGGAGAUGGCAAGUUUCAACCAUCAUUUAUAGCCUUUGUAAGAGUUUCCGAACGACAUUCACUCUCCCAGCAUCGGUAUUCUUAUAUCUUUCAUGAAUCAGCUAGUAUACCAAUUUCUUUUCUUUUAAAAAUGCCAAAAGUUAGGAUGCAUCUAAGUCACUCGCGAUGCCGUGAUCAAGAGAAUGCCAUUCGGAAGACUCUCGAAUCUUUUUCAAUAGACUUCUGUUAUUUUAUAUUUUGUUAAAAAACAUUUUUUUUAAUCCUGCCUUUCAUCAUGUUAUAUAAAGUAUUCUAAGCUUAUUUGAAGAAAGAAAACUCUUUUCAAUAAUAUUUAUGAAAUAGACAUCUACUCUUACUAAGGUUUGUCUCGGCCUCUUGUCGUCCUGGCUCCCGAAAAGCGAGGAGCCGCUGCGACCAGUGAUGUUUGUCAGGUGUUUCUUUACUCAUGCAAUAUGUUGUUUACGGCUUCUUCAGCUAUUUCAUUAUGAACGACUAACUUUUAUUUCCCCUUUCUUUCUUUCUCUUUUUUUUUAUUUUACUUAUUAAUGUGGUUACUGGCCGUCUGUACUAUAAUGUCCAGAUUGUAUAUUUUUGUUCCGUGUACUUAGAUUGUUAUUUACAAUUAAAUUAUAGCAAUGCCUUCUAA